AUGGGUUGCAAGCUUUGCAAAAUAUUCUCCAACAAGAGAAGGUUGGAACAUGGGGAACGUGACGUAACCAAUGGUGAACAAAUUGUUCGAGGUCGUCUCGGUGAAGUGACGUCAGGAAUAGAAAAUUGUGGGAGGCGUCGUCCCAUACAAGAGACUCUUAUUGAAGAAUUCGAUUUUUUACCUCAUGUCUUGGAUUUGAUAAGAGAACAUGGAUAUUCGAUGGAAGCGCUGGAUGAUUUUGUGUUGAAUGUUCAGUCAACACAAGAAGAACCAAAUAAUAAUAGUAAAUUCCGGUUAUUGUUAAAACAACGAACCGCCACGGCGAAGGAGCAGAACUGUAAACAGAAGCAAGAUUCAAGGGAGAGACAACCGACCUUUCUUACGGGACUGAUAUUAUUGAGUGGGCCAAAUAAAGAUGUGGUACCACGGCAAGAAUCACGGCCACGUGAAAAUGGCCACAACUUAACUGGUUGUAGUUUCACUAAAGGCCUAUCAGCUGCAGCAGUUGAGAUCAGAAUAAUAGAAGCAUUUGAUGGGAAAAUACCCUCAAAUGUGGAGAUUGAGAUUUUGACCUCAAUCCACAACAGUUUAGUGGCCCCAUCGUUAGCACCUGGGCAACCUCUUGAUGGGGUGAUGCUUCACAGAAUUUUCAAACAGAAACCUGUCUAUGUACGUCCAAGCUGCAUGUUGCUGAAUACAAAAUCCUCAAAGCAAUCCAGACAGGAUGAUGCAAAUAUCCCUGAUAAUGCAUUUAAUAGUGAUGAUGUUGAGGAUCAGUCUGGUUCCAAUGCUGGUAGUCUAGUACAAAAUGAUCUUACCAAUGCCACUGUUUACCAUGGACAAAUGCCUCCAUGUGAUUCCUCAAAUGUGUUGCCAUCAAGAGAUGAUAUUACUGCCCCAGAACAGCAAGCAAGGCUUCCUGUUAAUUCUGCUGAUGAUUUACCACAAUUUUCUUCCACUUGUACGACAAAUACAGUUAGUACAAGUACCUCUGUUGAUGUCAAAAAUGCUACAAGUUUUGAUUUAGGAAACACCAUGCUCACAGCUGUACAGAGACCAAGUGAAGAAAUCCCUCUGUUUUGGAUGCAAAAUCCCACUAAUACCUAAGUGUGAAAGGAGCUUCAUAAGUUUACCAAGAUUGCUUUGCCAAAUCAUACAAUAUAGUUAAAUCUAAUUUUUUUAGGUGAUGAUUGCCACCUUUCAUGUGGUUUAGAAAAUCCUGUAAAACAUGUGGUUAUACACAGAAGUAGCAUUUGCAAGGAUAUCAUCUCACGUUUUGGCAACCCAGCUAUAGUGGAUUGUUAACUUGAAGUUCAGGUACUGGAUGAGCAAGAGAACCUGAGAAAGGUGAAGGUAAAGGAGUGAUGUUGGAUAUGCUAACUUUUGGCAAGAUUGUUUUAACUCGUUAAUGGUUGGCUUUAGCGAAAAAAUUCCAUUUAUAAGACACGAUCUUCAGAAAAAAGAAUGGGAAGCAGUAGCAAGUCUUGUUUUUU